CUAAAAGAAGCCCAAAAGCCUGCCUACCGUCACCCUGUUAGGCAAAGUGAAAAAUCCUUCAAAUUUCUGAGCCGCCCCCUCUGAUUUCAGCCGCAUCCAAAUCUCAAGUCCAAGCCCCUUCAGGGUUGGAUGCCCGAUUAAUAAGUUUCAGCUUUAAAGUGGAGAAUCCCAUGGCCUGGGAGCUGCUUCUAUGGAUAGUCUCCUUCGUCAUCGUCAUUGCUCUUAUUGCUGUUGACGCUUAUCAGCUGAUUUGCUUAUCUGAUUUGGAAUGUGACUACAUCAACCCGUACGACUCUUCAUCUCGUGUCAAUGCUGUUGUUGUCCCUGAAUUUAUAGUUCAGGGAUUUCUAAGCAGUCUUUUCCUCAUGACAUGGCAAUUGAUCCCAUUUAUCAUAAUGGCACCCAUAACUUACUAUCACGUGCAAAUGUUUUGGAAGAAGAAACAUCUUUUAGAUGUCACUGAGAUCUUUAGACAGAUAGAAGGGCAAAAGAAAUACAGGAUGGUUAAGCUUGCUUUCUACUUCACUAUGUUCAUCUUGGUGAUUUACAGGCUUGUGGUCUGUGCUGUUACCUUAAUUAUUGAUGAAGAUGAUAGCCCACUGGUUUCUGGGGUUUAUUAGGACCUCAUACGGAAUUCCAGAAACCUGGUUUGCGGGAAACUUUGGAGCUUUUUCAAUCUUCAUCGGGUCAUUCAUCAAUGUUUAUUGAAGAUUUAGUUUAUUUUCCAGGAAGCGAAGUUGUUCUCUUGUUCCUAUCAGUUGGGUAGAUUUGUAUAGAUUAUUAGAUUGGUUGAGCAGUCUUGGAAACUUGGGAUUGUUGUGGCAUAUGUGGAUCAAUGUACACAGCAAACGCAGUCAUGAUUUGAAUGUUUUAUUUUGGUCGUUUUCUUUUCCUGAAUGUGAGACCUGCAAUCGAUUAUUUUUUUGAACUGUUUAGAUAUUUCCUGCUUAAA